CUUGGAACUUGAACUGCAAAUUUGUGCAAAUUGGACGAUAAAUUUAACGUUGAAAGAGUAAUCUUGAAUAAUCACAAUAAUUAUCUAUUGUUGAAAAUGAAUCGCAACAUGAGACCCGAUAGAAAAGAAAAAUACGCCAGUCAUAUGACAUUUGACGAAUACGGUCGGCCAUUCAUCAUUCUACGAGAACAAUCCGAAAAAGAGCAAAUCAGCGGCGUCGAUGUAAUCAAGGGUCAUAUAUUAGCAGCCAAAGCUGUAACAUCGAUCAUGAAGUCAUCGCUGGGGCCUAAAAGUUUAGAUAAAGCUAUGCUAUCCCCUGAUGGAGAUUUAACCGUUACUAACGACGGCGUCACAAUUUUACAACAAAUGGAUGUAGAUCACGCUAUCGCCAAAUUACUAGUCGAGUUAUCAGAAUGCCAAGAUAACGGUGUAGGAGAUGGUACCACCGGAGUUGUUGUUUUAGCAGGUGCUUUAUUAGAAGAAGUGGAUAAAUUGAUCGAAAAAGGAAUCCAUCCGAUUAGAAUCGCCGACGGGUUCGAAUUAGCUGCACAGUUUUGUAUGAAACAUCUAGACUCGAUUAGCGAACAGAUUUCGGUGGAAAAUAAUAACGAUUUUUUGAAACGAAUCGCCAUGACGUCUUUAAGAUCGAAAAUAGUUAGCAAAUGUACCGAGAAGUUCGCUGAAAUGGCCGUCGAAGCUGUAUUGAAAGUUGCUGAUAUUGAGAACAAUUUUGUAGAUUUGGAACGUAUCAAAAUGGAAGGUAAAACUGGCGGUUCGUUGGAAGAUACGAUUUUGGUGAAUGGUGUUGUUCUAGAUCAACAAUUCUCUCACUCUCAUAUGGAGAAGGAAUUAACGAAAGCUGCUAUCGCUAUCGUAGGUUGUGGAUUAGAAAUGCCGAAACCGAAUCAAGUAAAAGCUUACUUAGAGAUGGCAUCUAUCGAUACGUUCAAAGAAGUUAAAGAAUACGAACAAGAAAUUUACAAUCUAAUGGUCAACAAACUUGUCGAAGUUGGAGCAAAUUGUGUAGUGUGUCAAGCUGGAAUCGAAGAUACCGCAAAUUAUUUAUUAUUACGUACGAACACGAUAGGUUUGCGAUAUGUCUCCGAACGUGAAAUCGAACUCAUGCGAAGUGCCACUGGUGCCAAAGUUGUAGCACGUUUUGAAGAUCUAACGUACGAAAAACUAGGAUUCGCUGGAUCAGUUCGAGAACUAUCGAUAGGUACCGAUAAUAAUCGAUUGGUUCUUUUCGAAGAUUGCCUCAACUCUUCUGUAGUAACGAUAUUGAUUCGGGGAGGCAAUAGCUUAGUAAGUCAAGCAAAAAGAAGUUUCCACGAUGCUCUAUGUAUGAUAAAGAACCUCAUUCUCGAAAAUAAAAUCGUAUACGGUGGUGGUUCUUGCGAAUUGUCGUGUGCUAUUGCGGUCUCUAAAGAAGCUGAUAAAAUUUCAACUCUGGAGCAAUAUUCAUUUCGAGCUUUCGCCGAUGCCUUGGAAAGUAUACCUAUAACGUUAGCCGAAAAUUGCGGUUAUUCUCCUAUUCAUUUGGUUACAGAAACGAAAUCCAGGCAAAUUUUAGAAGAAAAUCCUUUCCUAGGAAUAGAUUGUAUGCAAGAAGGAACCAGCGAUAUGAAGAAGCAACAAGUAAUCGAAACUCUGCGCAGUAAAAAACAGCAAAUACUUUUGGCGAUGCAAGUUGUCAAGCAAAUUUUAAAAAUUGACGAAGUUAGAGCUACGGAUAAAAAUUACGAAAUCGUCGUGAUAAAAAUUCGAGCUCAACACUCUGUAAUAUUGCUCGAAUUGUGCAAUAAUAUCCUCACUUUAUAGUUUAAUUAGAACACUUGCACCAAAUACAUCGUCAACAUGUUCAAGAAACCCUUCAAAGUGAAAUCCAACACUCAAAUGAAAGGAUCCGACAA